AUGGCCGGCCCACCGGCGAGCCCCUCCGGGGACGGCGGCAUCGGGGACGGGCGGGACGUGUUCGUGCCCGUCGCGGGUAUCACCCGCAUCAUGGGGAAGGUCAUCCUCCCAGACGGGAAGAUCGAUGAGGGGGCCGUACGGGAGCUGGCCUCCGAGUUUAUCACCCGCCGGGCGAGCAGCGAGAGCGACAGAUGCAAGAGGGCGAAGCGGGAGGCCAUGACCGUCGACGACCUGCUGUCCGAGAUGGCGAAGCAGGGGUUUCAGGACCACAUCGAACCCCUCAAGGCCUGCCUGCACAAGUACAGAGUGGAGCUACCUUGCACAAUGGAGGUGGAGCCAAACCCCUUGCCCAUAUCUGAUGUCAGGGAUUGGUCUGAGCUCCCACUUGAUGCGCUUUCUGCAAUCUUCAUGAAGCUUGGGACCAUUGAGAUUCUGAUGGGUGCGGGACUUGUGUGCCGCUCAUGGCUGGUGACAGCCAAGUCCCCUGAGUUGUGGCGCUUCGUGGACAUGACGCGCCACAAGGUGGUUUUCUCAAAGGCAGAAAAUGUCAUGUGCAAAAUGGCAAAGGUGGCUAUAGAUCGUUCUGAUGGACGGAUGGAAUCGUUCUGGGCUCAGAAGUUUGUCACUAGCGAACUCCUGAAUUACAUUGCAAGCAGAUGCAACUCAUUGAAGAGCAUUCGGCUCAUCGGCGCCUAUUACUUUUGGGAUGAUGAGAACGUAAUAAUUAAGCUUGCAGCUAAAUGUCCAAUUCUAGAAGAGAUAGAGUACUCUGAUCAGAAGCAGUCAUGGUCCUUUUUCACGGCGAUCGGCGCAGCACGCCCAGAGCUGAAACGUCUAAGAGUCCGUUUGCCUUGGUUUGACUCGGAUUCAAUAGAGCGUGAGAUGAGGAUGGAACAGCGGAACGGCGAUGACGAAGACGAGGAGGAGGAGGAGGAGGAGUCUGAUGAGGCUUGGGAGGCAAUACACAACGAGGAGGCCUUCGCCAUAGCAGAGAGCUUGCAUGAGUUGCGGCUCCUUCAGAUGGCAGGCUACGGCCUGACCAACAAAGGGGUAUACGCCAUCCUCGAAGGCUGCCCCCACCUCGAGUUCCUCGACCUUAGAGAAUGCCUCCACAUCAUAGUUAACGCUGAACUCCGAGCUCGCUGUGCCAGUAUCAGGCAUGUCCGGCUGCCAGGACGGGAGCCUUAUGUUCGGUGCCCAGAGAUCCAAACCAUCGAGGCGGAUGAAGGUCAAGUGAUCGAGAUGGCUUGUCUCUAUGAGACGGAGGCUCGCUCUGUGCACAACGAGCCAGCAAUGGGCAAUGAUGACUAUGGCGAGAACUACUGCGACUGCUGGGAUGACUACUCGCUCCCCUCGUCCCCUGACUCGCCUGCCUUGCCGAUGUACUCGAUGGAUGAUCCCAGAUACUACUGGGAGCUGUAA